AUGGUCUUUUCUUCGAGGCUGCUGCUCCACUUUUUAUUUCUAACGACAGGUGACUCAUUCAGAACCAUAGCAUUUAGCUAUCAUUUGGGACAUACUACAGUUCGUUCAAUUGUACACGAGACUUGUGAAGUAAUCUGGAGGCGACUGUCUCCAAUAAUUUUACCUGUGCCGACCUUGGAAAUGUGGAAAUCGAUCGAAAGAACAUUUUCGGAAAGAUGGAAUUUCCCAAAUUGUAUAGGUGCCAUGGAUGGAAAGCAUAUUGUGAUAGAGGCGCCCGGUAACAGUGGUUCCUUAUACUUCAAUUAUAAGAAAACUUUCAGCAUUGUGCUGAUGGCACUUGUAGAUGCUAACUACCGAUUUAUUGCAAUUGAUGUCGGUGCAUACGGCAAAAAUAGUGAUGGUGGGAUUUUUGCCAACUGCGCUUUUGGAAAAGCUGUAGAUGAUGGCAGAUUAAAUAUACCUCCUUCAAAGCCACUGCCUGGAACUAAUGAGCCAGUACCCCACGUAAUUGUGGACGACGAGGCAUUUCCAUUAAAGAAAUAUAUUAUGCGUCCGUAUCCAGGGUCUCAACUCAAAGAUGACGAAGCUAAGAGAAUCUUCAAUUACCGAUUGUCCCGCGCUCGAAGAAUAUCCGAAAACGCAUUCGGAAUCUUGUCUCAAAAAUUCAGAAUUUAUCAAAGACGGAUAAGAAUGAAACCAGACAAUGUGGACAAUGUCGUAUUGGCAACAUGUUGCCUACACAAUUUUCUGCGAAAUGAUGUUCUCGGAAAUCAUCUCCAUCAUGCGGAAGGUGACAUUCCAGCGUUACAAGACAUUCGAAAUGUGGGGGGGUUCGGUAGAAUGGCAGACUCAAAUGGUUCGACGCGGAAGAAGAAAUAUUUGAUAACAACGAUUGCUCACAUAUUUUAUGAGCCUAAUAAGCUUCUGACGAACACCCCAAGGGCCUAG